AUGAUCAAGGACACGGAAUCCCAGAUUUUCGUUGAUUUCCCUGGCCACGACUCUUUUGAUGUCGUCAUGCAGACACUCACGCGUGGAGAUCCCGAAAAGUCUCAAGGCAUGUUCCAUAUGCAAGCUGCGCGACAAAACCCGGAUGGAACAUGUAAUAUGUCAGCGCAACGUGACAUCGAUAUGAGAGAAGAGUUCCUACUGAACACCAAUCAGGACCUAUUCGACUUUGUCACCGACUAUCAGGCGACACGCAGCGCAUCCAGAAUUGGGAUCCCAAGUUGGAUCUUCAAAGAGCAACCAAAGAGCAACGCUUGA